AUGGCUGCGGUCGAGGCGGAUCUGGAUGCAGGCCUGGUGAACAUCAACCAAGUACAGAAGGCAACGUACAAAGCUCUUGUCGCUGAAAAAAGGGAUGCAGCCUCCUACCCACAGGCCUGUGAAGAAUCAACUAGUGAAGGCAACGUAGAAACUGAGGCGGCGGAGGAACUGGUGAGGUCGCAACUGCUUGUGAGCAUGGAAGCUCUCACCGAGGAUAGUGAACCGGUUCAGGUGCUCCGGGCAGCAAUAACGGCUGCGGUAGAUGGCCAGGUAGAGCUGUCGACCAACCACUUAGCAGAGUGGCUGGCUAGAAUACCGAGGGAGGGUGGCAGAACGCUACCAAGACCAGAGCCUGGAAACCAAGCACGCGAAUGCCUCAGAAGGCACCGGAAUGCCAGACCCAGUGACAGCACACCAGCAAGGAAUGGAAGGUCUAAGAAACAGGAAAGGAGGUGCGAAUACCGAAGAGUUCAACGCCUGUGGAGAAAGCAUAUGAGAAAGGCUGCCAAGAUUGUCCUGGAUGGAGAUGCAGACAAGGUGGAACACCCAACCCUACAAGAGCAGGAAGACUUUUGGAAACCGAUCCUCACAGGACAUGAGACAUGCCUAGGAGAGCCUGUGGUACUACCAGGCCGCGUGGGGAACGGCGUGGAAAUGUUGUGGAAUCCAGUCACGGCCGAGGAGAUUAGGUGCGCCAAACCACCUAAUGGUACAGCCGCUGGGCCCGACGGGGUAACCAUGGCAGACUGGAACAAAAUAUCUAUCCUGGAAAAAGUGGCUGUGUUCAACACCAUUAUGCGCAACGAGAGGGCACCGAGGAGCAUGCUGGACUCCAGAACGGUAUAG